CCUCCGAGCUGGAGCCGCUGAGCCGGAGCUGUGGUUCCAGCUGCUGGCUCCCUGCCCAUCCUGCCGCACCGCUCAGCACCGUGCUGCAGGCAGGGCAGGCUCCGGGAGUGCUGGCCCGGCUGUCUCCAUUGACGCGCUCUUGCUCCGUUUUCCUUUUCAGAAGGAGGGAACAGCAGCAGCAGCAGGAGGAGGAGGAGGAUGGGGCUGCCCUGGCCCUUUGCUCUGCGGAGGACCCCGGCCGCUGCCCAGGCGCCAGGGCAGGCGGGCUCCGGCUGCAGCAGGGCGCUCUUUGGACAGCCCCUGGCAGCCCUCUGCGGGGAGGACGGCUCCCUGCCCCAGCCCGUCCAGGAGAUGCUGGCUGUCCUGCACCAGGAAGGACCAUCGACGGAAGGGGUAUUCUGAAGAGCUGCCAGCAGGACAGAGUUUCAUGAGCUGCGGGAGGCCCUGGACCACGGUGUGGAUGUCGACCUGGGCAGCCAGCCUGCGCUGCUGCUGGCCGUCAUCUUGAAGGACUUCCUCCGAAGCAUCCCCGCCAAGCUCCUGGUGACAGACCUCUACGAGGACUGGAUGGCAGCGAUGCAGAAGAGCGGCAAGGAGGAGAAGGUUGAAGAGCUGGAAGCGGUGGCCGAGAAGUUGCCUGGAGCCAAUCUCCUCCUCCUCAAGCGGCUGCUGGCCCUCCUCCAGCACAUCGGCCACAACGCCUCCAGCAGCAGAAUGACCGCCAGCAACCUGGCCAUCUGCCUUGGGCCAAAUCUGCUGAGCCCACCUAACAAGGACCUGCUCCCCCUCGAGGCCAUGCUGGCGGUGACUGAGAAGGUGAACAUGCUGGUGGAAUUCAUGAUUGACAACUGCAGGGAACUCUUUGGGGAGCAGACAGCUGACCCUUCCUGUUCAGCAGCCGAGGAGUCGUCGGCAGCCCCCCCAGAGAGCUGUGGAGAACCGCACUUGGAAGAGCAAAGUGCGCCAGCAGUCACAGCAGACACCAAGCAUCAGGCAGAAGCCUCGCUGCAUGCACCCCCCUCUCUGCUCGGUGUUCUCAGAGAAGCUGGGGGAGCUAUGGUGGUGAAGUCUGAAAGGGGAGAGGUGUGGAAGUGGACAGUCUGUGAAGAGGAGCGGAGCUCACUCGUUUUCUGCCCGGGAACAGGGGUGGUGGAGAGUGGAUCCAGUACAGCUGACUUGUCUUCUACAGCCUUAGAGUGUGUGCAGUAG